CAUACAUCACAAACUCCAACUUCCAACAACACUCUCAAACAACUACUACAACAAUGAUAUUCCAAGUUGUAGUACUGUAUUAGAGCAUGUCGUACAGUCAUCCGUCUAUCAUCCUCCCCCUCAAGAUUGCCGGCUGAUCAUUCAGAAAUAAACCUCAAAUAUCAAAAAUACAUAAAAUCAAAAAAUAUUCAUAAACACUUAUUUCCAUCUCGAUCACCCCACAAGCUCUACCCUCCUUCCUGCUCCUACACCCUCCAAAUCCAAUCCCAUCUGUCAUUCACCAACCAAACCAACCACACACCCCACCCCAACUCACCCUUUCCUGCUCACUCUACUUGAUACUCACUUAUCAACGUCUCCUUCGGGUCAAACCAUUGGCUCAUCUUGUUUCUCUCUGCUGCCCUUUUUGCAGCCGCUGCGGUGGCGAACUCAACGUUAACCACCCGUGCAUCUGGCAAACGUCGGGCUCGAUCUGCUUCACCUUCCCCCGCCUUUCCUGAGCCCACGCCCAAGCCAUCCAACAAGCGUCUUCGAGGAGCCAAGCCCGAUACACAAUCCUCUUCCACCACCACCACCCCAUCCUCAUCCAGUUAUAACCUCCGACAUCGUCACCCCUCUCAAGCCUCGCGUGUGGUCAGCUCGAGUACCGCCACUGCCUCUGUCGAUCGUUCUAACAAGGCCGAAUCCCGUCUCCGUCCGUCCUCUUCUCCCAAGUCCUCAACAACUAUGCCCAGGAAGCACCGAUCUAGUAAAACAGUCAUCAGUGCAGGAAAUCUCAAGGAAAAAGCCAACUCAUCAUCUCAUACCGCCCCUUUGGCUUCGACCUCCAAUCCAACCUCUGCCCCUGCUACUGCCAAAUCCUCUGAACAAGACGUCGAAAUGAACGUUCAACAUUCGAUUUCAUCGGAUCGCCCUGGAAAUGAUGGGACUGACCACACCUCGGCUCUCUCUACCUCCGACCAUGGUGCUAAUGAUGAAUCGCAAGAUGAACAAGAUAGUCCAAGUAAUAGUGAAGCAGAUGACCCCGAUCUCACUGAAGAACCCGGCGGGGCACACGAUGACUUUGGUGAUGAAAUGGAUCCUGAACAUGCAUCCCUACACGAUGAGGACGAUGACGAUGACAUGGACGAAAGCGAGAUGGCUGCACUACGUGCAAGCGAGGCUUUAUUUGGAUUUGACCGUGCGUCUACCACUGCUCGUGGGAUCGGUGGAGGUAGCGGUGGGGCCCUGGCUGGAUUGGAUGCCAUGGGUAUCAGCGGCUUACGUGGUCUAGGUGGGAUCAUGGCCGGAUUUACCCAUCGUCUCAAAAAUAUACUCCAAUCCCUCAAGGCCCGAGGCUCCGGAUCAUCAACGAGUCGGUUGGCAGCCCUGCAGGAGCUUGCCGAAAUCUUGGCAGUUAGCACCGAAGAUACUCUCGCUGGCUACUUUCAAACAGAUUCCUUUGCUCGCGAACUAGUUGGCAUCUUGCGCGGGGAGAGUGGCCAUAAUGAAUCCGAAGAUGAAGAAGAUGAAGUCGCCUUGGUCGCCGCCCUUACGGCCACCGGUAGCAGCUCAGGUUCAUACCAUCAUCCCAGCUCGGGCACAGAGGUUGAACAAAUGUUAUUAGCCUCUCGUUGUUUAGCCAACCUGAUGGAAGCACUCCCAGGUAGUGCGCAUACUGUCGUUCACCACGGAGCCGUGCCAGUUCUGUGCGCAAAGCUAUUGGAAAUAAAUUUCAUCGAUCUGGCAGAGCAGUCUUUAAGUACUCUUGAAAAAAUUUCGGAAGAGCUGCCCUCAUCGAUCGUUCGCGAAGGAGGACUGACAGCGCUCCUGCAAUAUCUCGAUUUUUUCUCUACCAAUGUUCAACGUACGGCCGUCACAGCCGCUGCCAAUUGCUGCAGUUCCAUAUCUAGCGACAGUUUCGAAAUGGUCAGAGAUGUAUUCCCAAUCUUGCGCAACAUUCUUUCUUACUCGGAUCAAAGAGUAUCCGAACAAGCCGUUCUUGCCAUCACCCGAGUAACCGACUCAUAUCGCCAUCAUCCUGAUAAGCUCCAGCAACUGCUAACCCCGGACGUCCUGUCAUCUCUGACUGCUCUUCUGUCGCCAGUGGGCGGAACUAAAAUUAGCGACAACAUCUUUUCUGCGAUCCUCAAAUCUUUCACAAACAUUGGUCGAAGUAGUCCAGAAGUUGCAACCAAUCUCUUGGACGCUGGACUUGCCGAUACUGUCUAUGGGAUUUUAGUUGGCCAAACUCCACCAGAAAUUCCUGACGAACAUGAUCUUGCUCUCGAGUUGACCAGCAACUCGUCGGUCAUUACCCAAGCGCUAAUGCGCAAAGAUCGAAAUCAAAUUCAGCAAGCGAUUGACCUUGUCGUCGAAGUUCUACCCCCUCUGCCUAAAAGCGGUAUAUUUGAUCCAAAGCUUGCCAAAAAGCCGAUAAACCCACAGGAGAAUGUCGCGAUGAAAGACGAAGAAGCCUAUUCGACAAGUGUUCCAGAGCCUUCGGCGCUGCCGAAUGAAGCCAUCAAUUCCUUUCCUGGGGUACGAUCUGCGAUGGAUGAGGACGUCAAGCCUGAUAUUUCAGCCAGAACAUUAGCCGCCCUUGCAUACAGCUCCUCAUCGCAAGUCAAAGAAUCCAACAAAGAAGCAGCUAUUGCACAUCGGAUUGAACUCUUACAAUCAACCUCACGCGAACAAGUCGUCCGGCGCUUCAAUGCUCUCUUACUCCCGACUUUAUUGGAAGUCUACGGCGCCAGUGUCAGCUUUACAAUUCGGCUCAAAGCGCUCGUUGCAGUCCUCAAGAUUGCAUACUUUAGCAAGGCGGAAUACCUCACUCGAACUCUGAGACCUAUCCCCUUGGCUAGCUUUCUGGCGUCGAUUCUCGCCAACCGUGAUCAGAACUCACUUGUGAUGUAUGCCCUUCAGAUGGUCGAUCUCCUCUUGGCCAAGUUGCCAGAUGAUUAUCACUUUAUCUUCCGACGGGAAGGCGUCAUGCAUGAAGUCAAUCGUCUCGCGGAAUCAGCUCCAUCUGGAUCACAUUCUUCCAUCAAGACCAGGAUAUCCAGUGCAACUGCUGGUGGUUCACGUUCAGAAUCACACAUAUCUACAACAUCAAAUCCGCUCGAUGAGGACCUACUACAAGUUCCAUCCUCCCUUGGUCGUCACGGCAGCAGUAGCAUUCAUCCCUUCUCGACUGCAUCCACCUCGUCAAGUUCCACGAGCACAAAAGAUCAACUCAUCUACCGCGCCCGUCACCUGAAAGCGAAAUGUGUCAUGGCUGAAACAACCGCUUCAACAAAAGCCCAAGAUAUCUUAGACAACAUCCGAGAUGUAGUUGAUGCACUUGGGACCGUUCCAACUCCUGAGGAGGCAAAGUCGGCACUUCUCAAGUUGGCAGCGCUCUUCAGUCGCGAGAACGAUCCAGUUACUAGUUUUGAACUUUUGGAGAGUGGCCUGGUUGAGGGUCUCUUACGCUUUGCCACGGAGUCUCGAUCCUUUGGACCAUCACUCAGUGUUCGCUCAGAGAUACUCUCCGAAACAUUCUUCUCCCCCUCUGAAGGCACUCCGGCGUUCGUACCUUUAGUAAAACGCCUUCAAGAAUCUUUAGGUCGUCUAGAAGGCUUCGAGGUUCUUACAGCUGUUGCAAGCACUCCGGAUGAUUCGCGUCGCAGCACCGCUUCCAUGCUAGCCAGGCAGUUGAAAAUCCGUCUCGUGGCUGCUGAGGGUACGGAUGUCCCCAAGAAUUGUGCUAAUGUGGUGGUCUCGAUACAUGCUAUUGCCACCUUCCAAGCUUUCAACGAUUACCUUCGCCCCCGAAUCAUCAAAGCACAAGAUGAUGAACGUCUUGGCCGUCCCUCGGGAUCCUCCAGUAGCAGGCUUUCAGGCAUGUUGGCUGCAUUCGCGGCAGUGGCCGGCCUACCAGCCUCAUCCUCUUCUAGCCCCAGCUCUCACCUCGAAGAAUCUGGGUUCACUCUUCCUUCGAGAGCAGAAGCUGCCGAAUCGAGUCAGUCCUCAUCUCUACCAGCUGUCGCCCCUGAAGUUCCUCUCAGCACUCAUGCUCCGCGGCGGAGCUCGCGUCUCAGUGGGCGAGGCUUAACUGCAGAAGAUCUCAAUCGGGAAGCGGCAGAUGCUCCUAUGAGCAAGCCCUCUUCUUCAGCCAUCCUCUCCACCUCCGCACCUACAGAUUCAAUGGAGGUAGACACUCCGCGGCGUGAUGGGAUGGAAGUAGAUGAUGAGCAGCCCACCGAAGGAAGCCCGAUUGAUCAAGAGAUGAGCUCACGUCCAUCAAAUGUCGAUGAGCCUCCGGUCAACGUUCAACCUGCGCAAGACGGCUCCAAAAUGGAAGCACAUACACCCCACGGCACUCGCAUCGCAACUCCACUAGGCAGUCGUCCUGCUUCUGCCCUCAGAAAACACUCCAAUAGCUCUCUUGCAGGCUUAGUCGCUAGUGGAGCAGCCAGUCGAUCAUCCAAACCGUCCUAUGCCGCAGCUGUCAAGGCCGAGCCCAAGGAUUGGCACUUAGCUUUCAGUCUGGGUGGUCAACCGAUUCCACUUGAUACGACAGUCUAUGGUGCGGUAUAUGCUCAUGAAACUCAACCCGGUCUACAAAGUCGAAACAUGUGGACAAAUGUCUACACGGUCACAUUUCGGAAGGUCGAUGGCCCAGUUCCAGCUUCGAAUGAAGAUGCAUCAUCAGUCGACCCCGAGUCUCGUGAAGAAGGUCUCUUACCGGCCUCCAUCCUUGAGGGCUCUCAACAGGCGUCAAUUUUGAGGCUUCUGCGAGCUUUGCACGGCUUGAACUUGGAUUGGCACGAAUUGAAGAACUCUGCUGAGCAAGCUGCAAGUAGCCUAGCGUUUGCCGAAAGCGUCUUCAUCAACAAUAAGCUGACUGCCAAACUCAAUCGUCAAUUGGAAGAGCCCAUGAUUGUGGCAAGUGCAUGUCUACCUGAUUGGGCUUGUGAGCUGCCGCAGCAAUUCCCAUUUUUGUUCCCAUUUGAAACACGGUUUUCGUUUCUACAAAGCACAUCAUUUGGUUAUGCGCGCCUGAUUCAAAAAUGGGUAGGCCAGGCUCGGUCUGAUAGCUCGCGCAGGGAUGAGAAUUUGGGUCUACUAGGUAGACUACAGAGGCAAAAGGUCCGGAUCAGCCGGCAAAAAAUUCUCGAAUCACUCAUCAAGGUUUUCGAGCUCUACUCUUCCUGUCGGGCAAUGCUUGAGGUCGAAUAUUUCGAUGAAGUUGGCACUGGCUUGGGACCCACUCUAGAGUUUUUUUCAUUAGCUUCCAAGGCUUUCGCCGAGAGACAGUACCAAAUGUGGCGGGAUCACGAAAGCGACUCUCAAGCGCUGCAUGUUUUCAGUCGCACCGGUUUGUUCCCGUCUCCCAUGGAUGAUCGGACAGCAGAAAGUGAAAAAGGUAUUGAGAGGCUCAGGAAGUUCAAGGUUCUAGGUCAAUUUAUGGCUAAAGCAUUAAUGGACUCAAGAAUUGUUGACAUUUCACUCAGUCGAAGUUUUGCUCGCUUGGUAUUGGAUUAUCCACUACCACUCACCAUCGCCAGUGUCGGAUUGGUUGACAAGUCUUUGGCAGCUUCAUUGGAGCAUUUGAACAAAUACGUCAUCGCAAAACACGCCAUCGAAGCUGAUAGUAGCCUUUCUGAAAGCGAAACCCACGCAGCAAUUCAGCAAAUCCGGAUUGAUGAUGCCACAGUCGAUGAUCUAGCUCUAGAGUUCAUUCUUCCGGGAUAUGACGUGGAGAUGAAACCUGACAGUUCCGCAACCUUGGUCACAAUCGACAACAUUGAAGAAUUCAUCGAGUUGGUGAUCUAUUGGACCCUCUCAAAAGGUGUUACUCGACAGAUUGAAAUGUUCAAGGCAGGCUUCUCCAUGGUUUUCCCAAUCCGAGAUCUCAAGAGCUUCACGCCCGAUGAGAUCGUCAAUAUCUUUGGAAAUGCUGAAUCAGAAGAUUGGUCACCCGAAGCCUUGACAUCUGCCAUGCGAGCUGAUCAUGGUUACAAUAUGGACUCGGCUGCCAUACGAGGCCUGAUCAAUAUCAUGUCAACAUAUGACGUUCCAUCUCGUCGCCAGUUUCUACAGUUCAUCACUGGUGCACCCAAACUGCCAAUUGGUGGCUUCCGUGGCUUGCAUCCUGCCUUAACGGUAGUUCGCAAGGCGGCUGAACCAGGACACUCCCCCGACGAAUAUCUUCCAUCUGUUAUGACAUGUGUUAAUUACCUCAAACUUCCCGAAUAUUCAAGUCAAGACGUGGCUGCUGAAAAGCUGACUAUCGCGAUAAAAGAGGGUGCAGAUUCCUUCCACCUUUCAUGAAGCUCAACCCUUGGUCAAGGGUACAAAAAGUUGGUUUCGGUCUUUUUUAUUGUGAUCCCUUUUCCCGUUUUACAACAUGUUCAGGCGCUUUUUUUUAAAUUUUAUUUGAAAUGCAACCAGAUGGUUAAUCGGUGACAUCUGACUCAGUUACAAUUUGCAAUGUCCCUUAGACAUCUCAGCGGGUUAUUCAUUUCGUCCUUUUUCCCAUAGGAUCUGGGUCCUAGACAAUAAGUUGUUGGCCAGGACAUCUUCUCACAUGCCACGUUGCAUAUAACGUCCCGGUAGAAGAAAGAAAGAAAGUAUCUUUUUGAGUGCUAGCUAUUGUUUUCGCAAUAAUCACGUAAUAUACAUAAAUAAAAAAGUGUUUUAGCUGUACUUUCAAGCAAACUCCAAUUAUCAAGCCCCGGAUAAA